UCCUCCACCUCCAGUGCGCUGGCGCUGUUUACUGGAAGCCGCGCUGCUUCUUCCACCAAGUGUCUCCACGCUGAGAGCGGGAUCUUUUCCAGAGGAGAGCCGCUGAAAGUUCACAUCAUCACUGAGAGGAGCACCGGGAGAGCACAUCGGCACAGACACCUCCUCUCCCCCACCCCCGCCCUGUGCGCGCGUCCUUUCCAUUCACUGUUUUGCGUCGCUCCUCUCCACCGUUUGUUGGUGCCGCUCCGGAGCAAAGGCGCACGGGAGAAUAGAUGAUCCGCACAGAGGUGACUGAGCCGGUUAUGUUUUUGGACUGAGCGCAGCAGAAGCAACACAUUGCCAUGGAAGUGCGCGUCCGGCGCAGGGAGACGCGCGGGCUGAGAGGGAGACCUGCCGCACGAUGAGCGCCCUCCGUCCCAGAUAAGGGGAGCAUGCCUUCAAACCUGCACCAUCUUCGAGUUUUUCCACGAGCUGACACUUUUACACUCCACGUUUCAUCCACGCCGACUGAGCCCGUGUGGCUGCACUGCUUCUCAUGAAAGGUGGGAGGAUCAACAAUGAACGACUCUGAAACCAGUUGGCUUGGACGUCUUUAAUGAGAACCUGUUAGUCAGAAAAGCACCCUGUCACAGACCAUCAGCACCAGGCGCCAUGGCAUGUUCCCUAUGGAAACUACACACCCUGUGCUGGUUCAUCAUCACGUUAGCCCAAGUACACUCCACAGAAGGCUUUAGUCGAGCCGCCCUGCCUUUUGGAUUGGUACGGCGAGAGCUGUCCUGCGAGGGUUACCCUAUCGAUCUGCGGUGUCGAAGUGAUGUCAUAAUGAUUGAAAGUGCCAACUACGGGCGAACAGAUGACAAGAUCUGUGACGCUGACCCUUUUCAGAUGGAGAACAUUAACUGCUAUCUUCCAGAUGCCUACAAGAUCAUGUCGCAAAGAUGCAACAAUCGGACUCAGUGCAUUGUCAUCACAGGAUCAGAUGUCUUCCCUGACCCCUGCCCUGGGACCUACAAGUACCUGGAGGUCCAGUAUGAGUGUGUCCCUUACAAAGUGGAGCAAAAAGUUUUUCUUUGUCCUGGGACUCUGAAAGCUGUCGGUGAUCCUUCCUUUCUCUUUGAAGCGGAGCAACAAGCGGGUGCCUGGUGCAAAGACCCACUGCAAGCAGGCGACAAAAUCUACUUUAUGCCAUGGACUCCUUAUAGGACAGACACCCUCAUUGAGUAUUCCUCACUGGAUGAUUUCCAAAAUGCUCGGCAAACAAUCACGUAUAAGCUGCCCCAUCGGGUGGAUGGAACUGGAUUUGUGGUCUAUGACGGUGCAGUGUUUUUCAACAAAGAACGCACCCGCAAUAUUGUGAAGUUCGACCUGCGAACUCGAAUCAAAAGCGGCGAGGCCAUCAUCAAUAAUGCCAAUUACCACGACACAUCACCCUACAAGUGGGGUGGUAAAACAGACAUUGACCUGGCGGUAGAUGAGAAUGGUCUGUGGGUGAUCUACGCCACAGAGCAGAACAACGGCAUGAUUGUAAUCAGCCAGUUGAACCCCUAUACACUACGCUUUGAGGCUACAUGGGACACAGCCUAUGAUAAGCGCUCAGCCUCCAAUGCCUUCAUGGUGUGUGGAGUGCUCUACGUAGUCCGCUCCACUUAUGAAGACAAUGAAAGCGAAGUCAGCAAGAGCCUCAUCGAUUACAUGUACAAUACCAAACAGAACCGUGGGGAAUAUGUUGAUAUCCACUUUCCCAAUCAGUACCAGUACAUUGCAUCUGUGGAUUAUAACCCGCGAGAUAACCAGCUCUAUGUGUGGAAUAAUUUUUACAUCCUGAGAUACCAUUUGGAAUUUGGCCUACCUGAUCCAGCUCAUGCUCCACCACUGUCAGAAUCCACAACACCCCCUCAGCCUGUAAGAACUACAACCACCACCACCACAACCACAGUGCACUGGGGCGUGGCCAACACUACCACCACAACAGGGUUCAAAGAGGGUAGCAGGGGAGUGCCCAAGCUGCCUCCCGCCAUCCCACAGACUACUUCCCCGCCGCCUCUGGAGUCCUUCCCUUUACCUGAGCGCUUCUGUGAGGCCACAGAGAAAAGAGACAUAAUGUGGCCUCAGACCCAGAGGGGCACGCUUGUGGAGAGACCUUGCCCCAAAGGAACACGAGGCACAGCCUCUUAUUUAUGCGUCCUUUCCACUGGGGCCUGGCACCCAAAGGGCCCCGAUCUCAGCAACUGCACCUCCCACUGGGUCAACCAAGUAGCCCAGAAGAUCCGCAGUGGCGAAAAUGCCGCUAACCUGGCCAAUGAGCUAGCCAAGCACACUAAAGGUCCCAUCUUUGCUGGUGACGUCAGCUCCUCUGUGCGCCUGAUGGAGCAGCUGGUUGACAUUCUGGAUGCUCAGCUGCAGGAGCUCAGACCCAGUGAGAAGGAUUCUGCAGGACGAAGCUUCAACAAGCUUCAAAAACGGGAAAGGACAUGCCGGGCAUACAUGAAGGCCAUUGUGGACACAGUAGAUAACCUUCUGCGGCCAGAAGCUUUGAAGUCCUGGCAGGACAUGAACAGCACGGAGCAAACGCAUGCCGCCACCAUGCUGCUGGACACUCUGGAGGAAGGAGCCUUCGUCCUUGCCGAUAACUUGGUGGAACCUGCCAUCGUAAAAGUUCCCGCAGACAAUAUAAUCUUGGAUGUGUAUGUGCUCAGCACUGAUGGACAGGUCCAGGAUUUUAAAUUUCCACAAACAAGCAAAGGUGGCAUCUCAAUCCAGCUUUCGGCUAAUACUGUCAAGCUCAACAGUCGCAAUGGAGUUGCCAAGUUGGUUUUUGUGCUCUACAAAAACCUGGGCCAGUUCCUGAGCACAGAAAAUGCCACCAUCAGGAUGGCAAACGAAGCUUACGGCCGCAACGUAUCGGUGGCCGUCAACUCUGACGUCAUUGCCGCCUCAAUCAACAAAGAAUCCAGCCGUGUGUUCAUUAAUGAGCCGGUGGUUUUUACCCUGGAGCACAUUGAUAUGGAGCACUACUUCAACUCCAAUUGCUCGUUUUGGAAUUACUCUGAGAGGAGUAUGAUGGGCUACUGGUCCACCCAAGGGUGUAAACUCCUGGAGUCCAACAAAACCCACACCACCUGUUCGUGCAGCCACCUCACCAACUUCGCCAUCCUCAUGGCACACCGUGAAAUCGCAGUUAACGGCAGAGUGCACGAGCUGCUACUGACAGUCAUCACUCGUGUUGGGAUUGUGGUUUCUCUCGUCUGCCUCUCAAUCAGCAUCUUCACCUUCUGCUUCUUCAGGGGUCUGCAGAGCGAUCGCAACACUAUUCACAAGAAUCUGUGCAUCAAUCUCUUCAUUGCUGAGCUAAUAUUCCUAAUUGGUAUCGAUAUGACGGAACCCAGGAUUGGAUGUGCCAUCAUUGCGGGGAUCUUGCAUUUCUUCUUUCUGGCCUCCUUCUCCUGGAUGUGUCUCGAAGGAGUCCAGCUAUACCUCAUGCUUGUGGAGGUCUUUGAGAGUGAAUAUUCACGGAAAAAGUACUACUAUGUUUCUGGUUACCUCUUUCCUGCCAUUGUGGUUGGCGUCUCUAUCGCUAUUGACUACAGGAGCUACGGCACUGCAAAAGCGUGUUGGUUAAGUGUGGAUAAUCAUUUCAUAUGGAGUUUUAUAGGACCCGUCACCUUUGUCGUCAUGCUCAAUCUCAUCUUCCUGGUCAUCACCAUGUACAAAAUGGUGAAGCACUCUACCACACUGAAACCGGACUCCAGCCGACUGGAGAAUAUAAAAUCUUGGGUCAUGGGUGCCUUUGCUUUGCUGUGUCUGCUGGGUCUCACGUGGUCCUUCGGCCUCUUCUUCAUCAACGAGGCAUCGAUUGUCAUGGCAUACCUCUUCACUAUAUUCAACACCUUCCAAGGAAUGUUUAUCUUCAUCUUCCACUGCCUUCUCCAGAAAAAAGUCCGCAAAGAGUACAGCAAGUGCUUCCGCCACACGUACUGCUGUGGAGGAUUGCCGACUGAAAGUUCACACGGCUCUGCAAAGACUUCCACCACACGGACAAGUGCACGCUAUUCCUCUGGUACACAGAGUCGUAUCAGGAGAAUGUGGAACGACACCGUAAGAAAGCAAUCCGAGUCGUCCUUUAUCUCAGGUGACAUCAACAGCACCUCCACCCUAAAUCAAGGAAUGACCGGGAAUUAUCUACUAACAAAUCCUCUUCUCCGACCUCAAGGCACUAACAACCCGUAUAACACCCUGCUGGCUGAGACAGUCGUAUGUAACACUCCCACGGCGCCAGUGUUUAACUCUCCAGUGACCUACAGAGAGACAAGGCACUCACUGAACAACACGGUGAGGGAUACAAGUGCAAUGGAUACACUACCGCUAAAUGGUAACUUUAAUAAUAGCUACUCGCUCCGCAAUGGGGACUUUGGAGACAGUGUGCAGGUAGUGGACUGCGGUCUCAGUCUGGACGAUGCUGCCUUUGAGAAAAUGAUCAUCUCUGAGCUAGUACACAACAACCUGCGUGCCUGUAACAAAAGCCACCACCAACAGCAGCAACAACAACAACAGCAGCAGCACCCCAGUUUACAUCAUCAACCCCACCACCAGCAGCCGCCGCCGCAGUACCACCACCACCAUCACCACCACCACCACACGGAGCAGGCUCCACCAAAGGUGACUGCGGUAGGCGGCUGCAGCAGGGAAGGCGAUGCUAUCGUAGCUGACGCUUCAUCGUUGGUGCACGUGGGCGACGCCGUCGGCCUCGAGCUGCAUCAUCAGCAGGAGCUGGAGGCGCCGCUCAUCCCCCAGCGGACUCACUCACUUCUGUAUGCACCACAGAAGAAGGUGAGAACCGACGGAGGAGUGGAAACCUUUAUCAGCCAGCUGACAGCCACCAACCCCGAUGACGGUCUGCAGUCCCCAAAUAGAGACUCUUUGUACACUAGCAUGCCGAAUCUGACGGACUCUCCGUGCCUCGAGAGCAGCCCUGAUGCGGUGGAGGAUCUGUCCCCUUCCAAGAGGAGCGACAACGAGGAUGUUUACUACAAAAGCAUGCCUAACUUGGGGUCCACCCACCAGCUCCAAGCUUAUUACCAGAUAGGCCGAGGGAGCAGCGACAGUUACAUUAUUCCUAUUACUAAAGAGGACUCAAUUCCCGAAGGAGAUGUGCGGGAAGGACAGAUGCAGCUAGUGACAAGCCUUUAAAUGUAUUUAAAUCUCCCCCGAACCUCUCUCUCCCCUUUUGCUGCCCCGUCCUCUUGGAGAACACAUGAGUGAAGGGAAGUGUUUGUUUUAUUUUUAGAUCCAACAGCCCUCCGUCAUGCAUACCGCCCCCUCCGCCAGCUGCCCAACAUUUUCUCACCUUUCUGGCAGACCAACAGACUUGGUGCAAAGUUUUAAUGAGACUGUACAUAAAAUACAGAGUCAGAUUUCAAAUUUUAAGAGCCAACUAUGUAUUUAAAUGUGCUGCUGCUGUUGAAUAAUUGAGAACAAUUUAAGGUACGAAUGACAAAACAGAAAUAAAAACUCUUAGUGGCUGCAUCAGACCAGCAAUCUACCGGUCAAAAAGGUUGUACAUACACUCCCCGACAUCUUGAUCAAAGCCUGUUUUUAUUGUAUACUAAACAAUACCCCAGGACCAGGACUCCAACCCUGUUUGUAAAAUAUUCCUAAUCAGACUGUUAGAAAAGGAAUAGAAUGUCCUGGUCGCUCUCCACCACCACCGUGAAGUUUGGAUUGUAUAACUACUAGCAAUCAAGCUCCUGGCCUUAUAUUUUCUCAACUGUACAUUUAAACUGUUGUCAAGGAAAAUGGCUAAAAUAUAUAUUUUGUUGUAUUGCUAGUGUAAAAUAAAA